GCGGGCUUUAAUUUUUGCGGUACAAUCAAGUUGAGUGUUAUUCUGUAUUAACCAAUCAUAGGAUUGUAUGUUUGACACUUCAGUGGAGAAUAGUGGAAUUUUCGAAAUAAUUGUGUCGCUCUUCAUAAUUUUCGCGUCGAAAACAGACAGACCCGUUUCAAUGCGUAUAAAUAUUCCGUAUUCACUAACACCCUAUCUCCCGAUUCCAUGGAGAUUUUGGGUAAAUUUUUGGGUUUCUCAAAGCCUUAUAAACAUUCUUAGUUAUCACCGACGUUUGGGUAUAUACUGGUGUGAUACUGGGGAAAAAUCAAAAUCUUAUGGGGAUUUCCCAAAACUCAAGUGAAAUUUCCCAUACUUGGGGAAAUCUUGGGGUUGUCUUUCCAUUUCCUAAAAUUUCUCCAAAACGUACGAAUUCCCUAGAACCGAAAGUUCGGACACUUACAAAAACACGGGGUUGUAAAAGUGCUGGUUCGUGGUUAGGUGUACGUUUUUCAUCUUGAACUGACAUCAGCUAUUAUUUAUUAAAUCCAUUUCUCUUAAAAGUAUAGUAGGUACUGAUUGAUUAACUCGUCCGUGAAGUGCGCUGUCAGUUUCAGGCAUAAGUGAUUGUACUUAGGUUUUCGAGAUAGUGUCCGUUUGUCUGCUAUAUACAGUCUAAAGAGACGAGUUUGUCUAAUUUAAAUUGUGUAAUCGAUAGGUUGAACACAGUAUUUAGCAACAGGUUGGCGUAACCUCUAAUCGGUAUGUGUUUACUAGUCACUUCAGUGAACUCAGUGUUCAGAAGAUUUUAGAGUUAUCCCUUUUUAUGAAUCUCAUGGUGUAGGGAAAAUGCCCCCAAAUCCCCUGGUACGGUCGAGAGUGGGGAGGGUUCUCUCUCCCCCUCAAAAUGCUUUCAGAUGGCUACGCGUAUAUAGCCUCUGCCAGGGAAGUCCUACUCACUACCUUCUCUCAUCAGGGGUGUUGUUUACAAAAUUGAGAGGACGGAAAGCGAACGUCCAUCGAUUUAACUGGGUAGGUGGACACGGAGAGUCCACCUAGGGGAGUUGGAAAACCCUGAUUCCAAACCAAUGAUGCUCAUGGGCUCCAGUGUUCUGAAGGAACAAAUGUGGUAUAAACCAAUCGUUGGUUACCGGCUACCAUGGAACUGCAUCUCCUUAUGAUGCUACACUGCCUUGUGGAUCAGACCUUUAGGCCCCCUAAGAAAACCACCUUUUUCGGUUUGGGCACCCAGGAAGUAUCACAGGCCUCACACAAAUCUAAUGAGAUUUGUGUGGCGCAUAUGUAUCUGGUGCCCCCUUGUACCAGUAUCUAUAUGUUCAAACAAAUAAAUAAUAGGGAAAAGUCUGUCCAGGCUAUGAAUUGUGAACAGUCGGAUUAUAGAUGGAUAUAUAAGUAUGUGAAAAUUAAUUGGUCUACGUUCAAUAGAUGUGAAGUGGUAAUUGUAAGUAUAGUAAUAAACGUGUAAUACAGCAUUGAAAGUUGACAUUCCACUCUAGACCUCAUCAUAGAUUGGCAAUGACAGUGUUUUAAUAUUUGGAGGAGGGUGAACAUAUGGCCGAUACAUCCUCGGCCAGAACAAAAACCGGCUUGCUCCUAGCGGGUCAAUCUUUCUGGGGUUCUGUACAGUCUAUGAAGUAUGAUGGAAACCAAUGGUUUGGACGCAAUCGGAAGUAGACUUAUUCCCCGGUAGUUGUUACAGAAACGACGUGAAUCUAUUUUAAAGAUGGGACCAACCAUCGACUCAUUUUAUGAUGUUGGAAGCCUUUAAUUGCCAGACGUUUGUAAACAACUGUCAGUUUCUUAACCAGAAAGUCACUACCAUCUUUAUAACAAUCUUUGUUUAUGGUUCAAUUCAAAGUCACCCGGAGUAGACCUAUGUGCUUCAAUGAAUUAUAAGGAGCGUGUAGAAACCGACUGCCUAUAAGCGGGAUGUUUCGCAAAACUGCGAGCGAUUUUAGUCGUCAUUUUCAUGGCGUCGUGCAUCUGCAACCAAUGCUCAUUUGUACUUUAUGUUGGGAUGGUAGCUAGUCUUGAACCUAGCUCGGUUUGAUAUUUAGUUGCAACAGAAACUACAACCAAUUUGCUGACAUUAAUCCGUUUAUGGAAAUGAAUUUGUGGCCCACUGAAACGUAGUAUAAGACUUUCAAAUAACGGCGUAAUCAGGGUCUAAAUAAGCGCUCUAAAAGAGGUAGUAGUCUUGUACAGAACCACGCAAGCGGUAACCGAUCACGAUAUGAUCACUCCGAGUCCAUUUUCGGGAUGCAGAGGGAGGACACCAGGUGACACAUCGGCUAUGACUGCUGGCAAUUAGUGCUAGCCAGAAACAGGUUUUAGUCUGCACUAGGUUCCAGUCACCGUUAUCUGACAUGCGACCAACAAGUCCCCAUCGAACACCUAAAUGACUGUUCUGUACCAAGAUGCCCGCCAUAAGCAUUCAAGUAUCCGGCUAGUACUACAAUAUGCGUCGAACGCACUUUCCAUAGAACACUUAACUGGUGGUAAAUCUCAUCCUUGGUCGCAUACGGGCUGCAACCUGUUGGUGUAGACGAAAGUAACGAUAACAUCGUUUCUCACACCAAUUUCUUCUAGCUUUGAUGGAGCUUUCUAAUCUAACAGCACAUGACUGACUGUUAAUAGGGAUACGACCGAUCAGUGCUGCUUUAGCUCUAGCGCUAUGGGAAACGUCAUCGCCAGCAAAAUCAAACUCAUAUGCCACUAAGUUCUCCGGAUAAACGCACGUGGAACAAGCUUUCCGAAGUGACAGAUGAAGAGCAAGUUUGUAGUGCUUCACUAGAACCUCGAAUACGGGUCCCGGAUAGACAACAGACAUCGGUGUUAAAAUUUUCUAAAGACAUAGCCAACCCUAUCUGUUGUCCGACCUGCAUUAGUAUGUGGAUGUUGAAGGAGGCUAAUUUGAGUAGUAUACGUGGUUUCAGAAAGUCUGGUUCAGCAUUCACAGUCGCUAGUAGCAUUCAACAUUCGGCCUGUCAGUUACUUAAGAUCGUUUAGAUAGAACAGGGUUUCCAGCAUACGUGGGCUACCGUAUAAGUUAACAGAUAAAAUACGAAUAAAAGAGAGCACAUAAGUGACGUUGUACAAAAGAAAUAAAAUCGAAUGUUAUCAAAUGAUUGUGAAUGUGUUUUUUCUGUAUGCAAUUUGAUUUGUGUGAGAGCUGGGAUACUGCCCGGGUGCUCGAAUCGUAGCAGGUAGGGGUCACAGUCCAAGCCUUUGAUAUAUAGGUCUAAAGAUAGUGGAGCAACGUUAAGAGAUGGAGUCCUAUAGUAGCCAGAGACCAAUAAUAGGUUCAUACGCCAUUUGUCCCCUCAGAAUCCUGGGGUCCAUAUGCACCAUUAUUUUGGUAUCAGGGUUUUCCAACUCCAUUAGAUGUAUCCUCUAUACCCACCAACCCAGUUAAAGCACCAAACAUUCACUUUUCUUCCUCCCAAUGACAUAACCAAUACCCUCGCAACGAGAAAGCAAUGAGUAAGACAUCUGAUGCAGUAGCUGUAUACGUGUGGCCAUGUGAGAGCAUUUUGGGAGGAAGAGCGGACUCUUCUCACCUUCAACUGUACCAGAGCAUUUGGUAUUAAUCGAAAUAGUAAAGUGUAAGCUGAUAUUGUUUUUGUCGCAUUUCUCGGAAUGCAGUAGAUUUCUGCGUCAAUCAAUGAUGUAUAUUUAACUUUAAAACCUUGAAUUCUUUUUCUAUUAUGUCCAUUAAAUAACCGAGAUUGUUGUUUCACGACAUAAAAAGCAAUAUGAUUGCUUUUCCACCCUUUAGGUGUGUUCAUGUAGACGUUAUUAUUGUACCAUAGAUACCUUUAUUAGUGCAUGAAAGGUACUAACCUUUCCAAACCUAAUUUAUACCAUUCGUUGCACUGUCUCUCUACUGAACGUAUUUUAAGACUCUCCAUUGCUGCCUCCUAAAAAUAGAUUUGUAUUAAGAAGUUUUAUUUGAUCCUUUUGUUUCACCAACGAUUGAUCUAAAAAGAUUCAAUUUCAGAGUAAAGACGAGUUGAUGGUUUCUUCAUCAACAGAAGAAUUGUUCGCUUGGGGUUCGUGCGAAGAAGGACAACUAACUUUAGAUAAAAAUGAUGCCUAUCAGAUUCUUAUCCCAAAAGCAUUAGAUGUCCGGAAUCUACCAACAUUUAUACAAAUCACUUGUGGAUACGCACAUACAGUCUUUCUAACUGUUGAUGGGGAAGUAUACAGCUGUGGGUGCAAUGAGUUUCAGCAGUUAGGUCACGGACAAUCUGGUGGUCAGUUAGCAAAAGUAGUUGCUUUAGAACACUACAGAAUAAUCAGCGUAGCUUGUGGAGCAUACCAUAAUGCUGCCAUUACUUAUAAUGGACUUUUAUUUACUUGGGGCUGCAACUCCAAUGGACAACUUGGACGUGAAGGAGAUGACACAGGAGUUAAGCUAGUUCGAGCACUAUCGGAUCAUAAAGUUGUUCAGGUUAGCUUAGGUGUAGAACACACACUUGUCUUAACAGAUACUGCUCGUGUAUUCUCAUUCGGUUCCAAUCUUAAAGGCCAAUUAGGUUUAGGUUUUAGUUCAGAACAAUCGAUAUCAAUACCACAACAAAUUCUUUGUCUUUCCGGUUUACCUGUCCGACGUAUAGUUGCAGGGGGUUGGCAUAGUUUUGUUCUAACUGUCAGUGGUUCACUUUAUGCUUGGGGAUCUAACAAUUAUGGUCAACUUGGCUUAUCAUACUUUGGCUCUUCACCAAAGGAUCAUCAAAAUGAAUUGACAUUAACGUAUGGUUCGGUUGGUAGUACCAGUGUUGAUGAUGAACAAUCGAAAGAUCGUCCAUUUUCACUCCUUGAUACAAGUCUAAGUAAUGUAUCUAUUCCAACUUUUGUGAAAACUUUACGGGGUUGUGAAGUUGUUUAUUUGGCUUGUGGUGAAGCACAUACAGUUGCACUUACUCGAGAUGGUGGUGUUUUCACUUUCGGUGCUGGCAGAUAUGGUCAAUUAGGUCAUAAUGAAUCAACUAUCGGCAUAUCUGUACCACGUAAAAUUACUGAAUUUAUGGGUAAUGUUGUCACUCAAAUAGCUUGUGGUCGAUUUCAUACAUUGGCGCUAGUUGCCAAAACUGGUCGAUUAUUUGCAUUUGGUCAAGGCGCUAAUGCACAACUUGGUAUGGGCGAUACAACAAAUCGUUUAUUACCUUGUCCAAUUAAAGGACACUGGGUUUCAUCUCAUAAAUUGAAUAGUAAAGAGUCUACUGUUGGUACCGAUUCUUCUUCCAGUAAACCUUAUGUAAUUCGACGAAUAUUCUCCGGUGGUGAUCAUACUUAUUUGUUAGCUCAACUGUAUCAAACUGGUGAAAUUGUGGAUGCUGAUGAUUUGCGCAAUUGGAAUCGUUCAUCAUUACAAUCCAUUCUUACUGUUUGUCCUGAAAUUGUAGAACAACUUAGAAGUGCUCAUACUGCACUAGCACUUCCACCUCCAAUUUCUAGAUGUAUAUCACUUUCUUCAUCUCGUCCAUUAACAUCUCUCAGUUCUACGUCAAAUGAACCAAUGGCAAUUGUUUCAAAGGUUGAAUCUGUAUAUUCCUCUUUAGGUUGUUUAUCAGCAAGUUGUCUUGAAGAAAAGGAGCCAAACAGUCAUUUUAAAACAGGCCGAGAGGAACACGGUGUAGAUUUAGACUUAGCUUGUACAUUGCAGUCACAGAUUUUUCAUAUUCUACCGAAAAGAGAUUUAAAACGCUUGAUUAACAAACUAUUGGAUGAUGUGUUGUCAACAUCACGUCUUAACUAUCCUAGUAUUGAAUGUCUCCGAGGUCUAAUGUUUAUCGCUGUAUCUGAUUUACUAAAUAUGCCUCGAAAACCAAUUAUAGACGAAGCAGUCCCUGACGUGAACAAAAUGGAUAUAACUUCAGAAAUGAAUACAAAUUUUGAACCGUACCCUGUUCUGAGCGCAGGAUUCUCUACUCCUGGUCUAGUUUUGAAUGCUUAUUCAGUUGCUAUCAACAGACUUGAUCCAGCGCCUUCAAAAAUAUUAGAUCGGUGGUUUACAAAAAUGCAACCACGUUAUUUAAAAAAAUUAGUUCUGAAUUUGAAUAAUUUAAUUUCAUAUAUAUUGGACAUGCAACCAGCUUCAGCGUACAGUCAACGUAAAUUAAAAGAAGAAAGCAUUCGUCAAGCAUUGGAAUUUAUGAAACGUUUACAUCGAGUUAAUGAAAAUCAUCCCAAUCCAAUCUCUUAUAAUAGUUUUUACCUACCAUCGUUGAAAGAUAAAAUUAACAUAGGAAGCGCAUUCGUAAAUUGGUUACAAGAAUGUAAUUCCGGUGGAAUGCGUUUCUUUUCAUUCUGCGAUUAUCCAUUUGUAUUUGACGCUGCAUCCAAAGCUGAAAUGCUUAACAUUGAAGCUCGUUUAACAAUGCAACAAGCUAUGUCACAAGCGCAACAGUCUGCCAUUUUUCAAAGUUUACUCUCACCAUUUAUUGGUUCACGUAUGUAUGAUGGCGGUACAACAUCACCGUACUUCACCAUUAUUGUUAGACGUGACAAUAUUCUUCAAGAUACACUUUCUAAUUUGACAAUGGCUAAUCCAGCUGACUUCAAGAAGUUACUUAGGGUGAAAUUCGAAAAUGAAGAAGCGGUAGAUGAAGGUGGUGUAAUGAAAGAAUUUUUCUUAUUAGUUAUGCGAGAUUUACUCAAUCCUGUGUAUGGAAUGUUUCGUUGUUACUCAGAAUCUCGAAUGUUAUGGUUUAGUGAAUCGACAAUGGAAAGUGAAAAUGUCUUCCUGAUGGUCGGUAUCCUAUGUGGUUUAGCUAUUUACAAUUCCAUUAUUGUCGAUUUAAGUUUUCCAUUAGCGAUGUUUCGUAAAUUGCUAGGUGAAACACCGGGAUUAGAUGAUCUAAAAGAAUUGGAUCCAAUUGUUGGUCGUUCUUUACAACAAUUACUGGAUUAUGAUAAUGCGGAUUUGGCUGAUGUGUUCUGUUUGAAUUUCACUGUUACAAUUGAUUAUUUUGGUGUCAAUAAAAUUAUCCCCCUGAUGGAAGAUGGUGAAAAUAUGAUUGUCACUCAAGAGAAUAAAAGUUUAUACGUUGAAAAAUAUGUUGAAUAUGUAUUUCAGAAAUCAUGUGAAACACCUUAUAAAGCGUUUGAAAAAGGAUUUCUUCAAGUUUGUGGUGGUUAUUCAUUAAAACUGUUUCAACCAUCUGAAUUACAGUCUUUAGUUGUCGGUUCAGAAGUCGUAAACUGGGAUGAACUUCGUCAGAAUACAACAUAUCAAGGUGUCUACUGGGAUCGACAUCAAGUGAUUAUAUGGUUCUGGGAUGUAUUAUUGUAUGAUUUUACUAUUGAAGAGAAAAAGAAAUUUUUACGUUUUCUUACUGGUUGUGAUCGUGUACCAAUUGUUGGUUUUAGUGGUGUAAAGAUUACAAUUCAACCAAAUAAUAGUGGUGAUGAUUUUUUACCUGUAGCACAUACAUGUGCUAAUUUAUUAGAUUUACCACAAUAUAGUUGUAAAGAGAUAUUAGCUAAGAAAUUAUCACUAGCUAUUCAACAAACAGAAGGUUUCGGUUUAGUUUGAAUAUAAAAUUGUCAAUUUAUUCUCUUGGUUUUCAUUUCAUUUUGAAAUAAAUAUCCUUGUGUGUGUGUGUGUGUGUGUAGAUAUUGCAUAAUUAUUACUUUUCUAUUGUUAUUAUUAUUUGUAAAUUCAAUUCAAUGAUUCUAUAUCAUUUUGGAUAAGAUAGAUAAUGAUAUAUAAAUAUACACUUUGGAACAGAUAUAUUAUUGAUUGGGAGGAUUACUAUUUUCAUUAUAAAUCUAUUUCAAUAUUGUAUAUCUGUUUCCCUUUGUUCUCUUUGUGAUCUCUUUCUUUUCUUUUUUCUAAUUGUGCUCUUUUUUUACUCUAAUUUUGUGUGUGCGAUUCUUGUAUUGUGUUGUAUUUUUUUCUGAUUUCUUUUUUUUCCGUAAAAGUUAUAUUCAAAGAGGAAACCUAAUCUGUUUAGCUCUUCAUCAUACGCACACUGCAACUACUCACUUUUUUCUCUGUCGAAUAGGUUUACAUGUUUCAUUGGAUUGAAGUAAUGAAUUAAAUGAAUCUGUUUGUUCUC